AUGACGUCUUCUAGUAUUUCUCCCAAAGGCCACAUCGGUUCUGAAGGCUUUGACGAGAAGACUCGUGAGCUUCCUGACUCUUCAUCCGGAGAGCCACCGGUGAAACAACACUACAAUACCGCCAUCCGCGGAGAGUCUGUACCUUUAGAAGACGAUAUAAGCGAUAACAUCGUUGGAUAUGAUGGAAGGCUCAUGGGAGCGCGGACUAAGUUGAGUAGUCAGCAGGAGAAGAAGUUGUUGCGGAGAAUUGAUUGGCAUCUUAUCCCUUUGCUUUCGGUUAUGUACAUGGUCAAGUCGAUCGAUGCUUCCAAUGUCUCGAAUGCUCGAAUUAUGGAUCGCGGAACGCCGAGGAAUAUCAUGACGGAGCUGAAUAUCUCGGCCGAUGAUUAUAACUUUGUAACUAUGGCAUACUAUAUUCCAUAUAUCCUGGCGGAAACACCCUCGAACCUGCUGGUAAAGCGCCUCAAGCCAUCUGUUUGGCAAGCGAGAAUCAUGAUAUCAUGGGGCAUCGUCCUAGUCUGCCACGCCGCAGUAACAAAUGCCGCUGGCUUGUAUACAGUCCGCGCUUUUCUUGGUCUCUUCGAGGCGGGACUCUGGCCUGGCAUGCUUCUGCAGUUAUGCUACUGGUACCGCUCCGAUGAAAUGGCAUCGCGCAUCGUUCUGGUUACUAUUCUUGGUAACUUCAGUGCGGUUGUUAGCGGCGUUCUUGCUUUUGCAUUCAACGGUGUCCAUGCUCAAGGCUUGUCGGGCUGGAAAUGGCUUAUCUUGACAGAGGGGGUAUUCACUAUACUUCUUGGUAUCUUUGCAUAUAUCUUCAUGCCCGACUUCCCUGAUACAGCUCGUUGGAUGUCCGAAGAAGAGAAAGCCUUUAUCCAAGCUAGACUUCCCAUUAACGCUCCUAGAGCUGCUGAGAAGGACUUUGACCGGAAAGAAUUCUGGAACACUCUCAAAGACCACAAGCUCUGGCUGUUUCUUCUUUGCUGGGCAUUCUAUACCAUCGGAACGACGGGACUGAACUUUUAUCAGCCGACGGUCAUUGCGAACUUGGGAUUCACUGGUAUUGCCGAAGCUCAGCUGCUUAACAUCCCUCCAGCCAUCUUCGCCUGUGUGCUGACCAUAGUAUUCGGAUGGGUUGCCAACACCGGUCGUUUCCCUUUACCUCUCAUCCCACUGAGCUUCAUGAUAAUCAUAGAAGCAUGCUAUGUUGUUCUGUACACCUUCCCCAAUACAGGCGGCGUGUAUGCAGCUACUGUAAUAGCAGGAGGGUUUUCAAUGGCUUGGUACACAAUGAUGUGGCCAUGGAGAGUCCAAACCACAGACGGAGCCACCGGUUCAGCUUUUGCUAUUGCAUUUGCCAAUAGCUACGGCCAGAUUGGAGGAGCAGUUGGAUCCCAGUUGUUCAAUUCGCGCUUCGCACCUAGGUACACAACGUCGUUUGGAAUCGCGAUGGGCUUUAUUGGUAUGGCUAUUAUCAUGAAUGUUAUAACUUGGUCGUUUACUUGGAAAGUGGAUGUUGCGACGAGACGGCUGAAAAGGGCGAGGGAUGCUGCUGCGAAGAGGAAUGAGGCUAUUCUUGAUGAUGUUGAUAUUCAUGCCAAGACCUAG